CAGUGUCAGAGUUAAGAUGGCGGCUGCAGCGGCUCCAGAAUAAAGGCCUGUUGUUGGUGAAACUUCUUUUGGACUUUGUUAAACUCCACUUUUCCCACUCGAACCGGACUCAUGGCGGGUCUUCGACGCCCCUGACGCUCCGGUCACCGGCUGUUCGUGUCUCCCGGUGAUGGUUCGGACACUUUCCACCGUCUGAAGCGGACACUUUACUGAAGGUCAGAGGUCAGCAGAUCGUCAUGGCGGCAGCGUCAUAUGACCAGCUGCUGAGGCAGGUGGAGGUGCUAAAGAUGGAGAACUCCAACCUGAGACAGGAGCUGCAGGACAACUCCAACCACCUGACCAAACUGGAGACCGAAGCCUCCAACAUGAAGGAAGUCCUGAAGCAGCUGCAGGGCACCAUAGAAGAAGAUUCAGGGGAGGCGUCAGGCUCUCAGCUGGAGCUCAUUGAAAGACUCAAAGAGAUGAGCCUGGACUCUGCAGGUUUCAAGCCCAGGGCCAGGCCUCCCCAGCCCCCCUCGUCCUCCUCCAGCUCCACCUCCUCUGGGUCUGCAGCUCCUGCAGGAGCAGCCGGAGGCUCCGCAGCUGCGGGGCCGUCUGCGGCCACCGCCUUCCCCAGGAGAGGGCUGCCCUCUGCGGGCAGAGACAGCCACGACAGGUGCCUGGAGGAGCUGGAGAAGGAGAGGUCUCUCCUAUUGGCUGAGCUGGAGAAGGAGGAGAAGGAGAAGGAUUGGUACUACGCUCAGCUUCAGAAUCUGACCAAGAGGAUCGACAGUCUGCCGCUGACUGAAAAUUUCACUCUGCAGACUGAUAUGAGUCGGCGUCAGUUGGAGUUUGAAGCUCGUCAGAUUCGCUCGGCGAUGGAGGAACAGCUGGGUUCCUGUCAGGAGAUGGAGAGGAGGGCUCAGGCUCGUGUGUCUCGUAUUCAACAGAUAGAAAAAGACAUUCUCAGACUGGGUGCACGCCUACAGGUGGAGGAAGCUCAGGGUCCAGGUGAUGCUAGCGGAUUGGCUGCCACACAGAGCUCCGGCAGUCGAUUGGACCAUGAACCGGCCAAUGAGACGAGCUACUCUGUACCUCGACGAAUCACCAGUCACCUAGGAACCAAGGUGGAGAUGGUGUACAGCCUUCUGUCCAUGUUGGGAACUCACGAUAAAGACGACAUGUCGCGGACGCUGCUCGCCAUGUCCAGUUCACAAGACUCGUGCAUCGCCAUGCGUCAGUCCGGCUGCCUCCCGCUGCUCAUCCAGCUGCUGCACGGCAACGACAAGGACUCUCUGUUGCUAGGUAACUCUCGUGGCAGUAAAGAGGCUCGUGCCAGGGCGUCGGCGGCGCUGCACAACAUCGUACACAGCCAGCCCGACGACAAGAGGGGCCGCCGGGAGAUCCGGGUGCUCCACCUGCUGGAGCAAGUACGCCAUUACUGUGAGUCCUGUUGGAGCUGGCAGGAGAACCACGAGAGGGGCGUCGACCAGGAGGACAACCCCAUGCCGUCCCCGGUGGAGCAUCAGAUCUGUCCGGCCGUCUGCGUCCUGAUGAAACUGUCCUUCGAUGAGGAACACCGCCAUGCCAUGAACGAGCUGGGUGGUCUGCAGGCGGUGGCUGAGCUGCUGCAGGUGGACUGUGAGAUGUUCGGCCUCAGCAGCGACCACUACAGUGUUACGCUGCGCCGCUACGCAGGCAUGGCGCUCACCAACCUCACCUUCGGAGACGUGGCCAAUAAGGCCACGCUGUGCUCCAUGAAGGGCUGCAUGAGAGCGAUGGUCGCCCAGCUGAAGUCUGAAAGUGAAGACCUGCAACAGGUCAUAGCCAGUGUCCUUAGGAAUCUGUCGUGGCGAGCCGAUGUCAACAGUAAGAAGACGUUGCGUGAAGUGGGCAGUGUCCGAGCGCUGAUGGGUUGUGCUCUGGAAGUCCAGAAGGAGUCGACCCUGAAGUCUGUACUGAGCGCGCUCUGGAACCUGUCGGCUCACUGUACGGAGAACAAGGCCGAUAUCUGCGCGGUGGACGGAGCGCUGGCCUUCCUGGUGGGAACGCUGACGCAUCGCAGCCACACCAACACUCUGGCCAUCAUUGAGAGCGGCGGCGGCAUCCUGAGGAACGUGUCCAGUCUGAUCGCCACCAAUGAGGCUCACAGGCAGAUUCUGCGGGAACAUGGCUGCCUGCCGACGCUUCUGCAGCACCUGAAGUCUCACAGUCUGACCAUCGUGUCCAACGCCUGCGGCACGCUCUGGAACCUGUCUGCCCGGGACGCCAAAGACCAAGAGGCAUUGUGGGAACUGGGCGCCGUGGGCAUGCUGCGGAACCUAAUCCACUCGCGCCACAAGAUGAUCGCCAUGGGUAGCGCCGCUGCCCUGCGGAACCUGAUGGCCAACCGACCGGCGCGAUACAAGGACGCCAGCGUGGUGUCACCGGGCGCCGGAGCCCCAUCAUUACACGCACGCAAGCAGAAGGCGUUAUUCGAGGAGCUGGACGCACAGCAGCUGUCAGAGACAUUCGACAACAUCGAUAACCUGAGCCCCAAGGCCGCACACAGGAAGGGGAGGGGCUGUAAUGGCGCCGGAGGAGGAGGGGCCACCACACGCUCGUAUGCCAACACACCGGUGUUGUCGAGCCCAAAAAAUGGAGACGGAUCAAAGAGGACAAGCGAGGAGGCGGUCUAUGGACGGCCGGUGUUCCCGCCCAGUGUCCGAGCGUCCAGUGACAGCCUGAACAGCGUGACGAGCGCCGACGGAUAUGGCAACCGCGGCAAGACCAAACCAUCUGCCGAGCCCUUCUACUCAUCGGACGAGAGCGGCGCCAACAAGUGCUGCGUCUACAGGAAGUACCCGGCCGAUCUGGCACAUAAGAUCCGCAGCGCCAACCACAUGGCGGAUGACGACGGGGCGGAGCUGGACACGCCCAUCAAUUACAGCCUGAAAUACUCGGACGAACAGCUGAACUCUGGGAGACAGAGUCCGAGUCACCGCGGCGGCAUCGAGAGCGAUGAGGACGACGAGCAGGACGCCCGUUUGAGACGGAGGAACGACGCCGCCGACACCGUGACGAGCAGUGGUCGCAUCAGCUCGGUCCAACCCCAACGCUAUGUUGUCGUCACAGCAACAUCAAACUACGGUGCUGACCCGGCCACCGAGCAGCCAAUAGACUACAGUCUGAAGUACGGCACAGACGCCUCCCGAAAGGAGUCUGCCGCUCCCUCACUCCCCCCACCUCCACCCUCUUCCGCCGGUAAGCUCCGCCCCCCUCCUCCACCCGCCAAUCGGGCGGUGCCAAAGAACAACCAGGAGUCGACACAGACGUACUGUGUGGAGGACACGCCCAUCUGCUUCUCCAGAGGCAGCUCUCUUUCCUCGCUGUCGUCAGAGGAUGAGGAGGACAGUGAUGUCAUCGGGAGGAAGAGGAGAGGCGGCAGCGUCAUCGGCGGCGGCGGAAACGACUACCCGACACUUCCUGUUAGCGAAAAAGACGCACAUGAACAGCAGCAGCAGCGACAGCAGAAGGAGGCGGAGAGCCAGACGGCUGCCGCCCCGUCCUCACGGGGACGGCGAGGUCACCACCACCACCACGGUCACGCCCAUCACCACCACCACCACCACCACGUGACAUCGUCAUCUGGCGUCCGAACCCCUAAAAGCCCGCCGGAGCCACCGUACGCUCAGGAAACGCCGCUGAUGUUCAGCCGCUGCACGUCGGUCAGUUCCCUGGACAGUUUCUCCACCUCCUCCAUUGCCAGCUCUGUGCGCUCCAGCGAGCCGUGCAGCGGCGUGCCGAGCGGCGUGGUGAGCCCCAGCGACCUGCCCGACAGUCCGGGACAGACGAUGCCGCCGAGCCGCGCCAAGACCCCGCCCCCUCCGCUGCCUCCGCCACCACAGGCUGUGAAAGAGGAGGAGAAAGUGAAGAAAAAGGACGAGGAGGAAAGCAGCGCCGACGUUCUGCUGCACUUCGCCACCGAGAGCACGCCGCACGGCUUCUCACGGGCGUCCAGUUUGAGCGCGCUCAGUCUGGAUGAGCCAUACAUUGCUGCAGAGAUGAAGAAAAAGAAAGAGGAGGAGGGGGAGUGGCGGUCCGAAAGGAAAGAGGAGGCGGCCAAGCAGAUCCUUGACGAAUCGGACGACGACGACGACAUCGAGAUCUUGGAGCAGUGCAUCAACAUGGCCAUGCCCAAGUCGUCACGGAAACCAAAGAAGCCGCAACAAGCGGCCCCACGGAAACCCAGCCAGCUUCCUGUCUACAAGCUCCUCCCUCCUCAGAACCGCGCCCAGUCACAGCAGAGGAAGGACGUGCCCCCCCCACCAGAGGAGGUGCCUCGGGUGUACUGCGUGGAGGGAACGCCCCUGAACUUCUCCACUGCCACCUCGCUCAGUGACCUCACCAUCGACUCCCCGCCCAAUGAGGAAGCGGGAGCGGCCACCGUCAUGCCUGUAGCCCCGCCCACCUCCACCCAGAGAAAGCGGGCGGGACUUCCUGAGGGCGAGAAUGGAGAUGACAUCCUGGCAGAGUGCAUCAGCGCUGCCAUGCCCAAAGCCAAACCCAGGAAGCCAAUCAGAGCCACUGCCAACGGAGAACACCUGCAGGCCCCACCCCUCCCCCCUCCACUUCCUCCUCCAGUGCCGCCCCCACUCGGCCCGCAGCAGCAGAAGAAGAAACCCACGUCUCCAGUGAAGCCCAUGCCUCAGCGGACCCCGUAUGGUGUUGCCGCAGCAACAGCGGUCAAACCCAAACCGGGCUUCGCCUUCGACUCUCCCAGACACUACACGCCCAUCGAGGGCACGCCCUGCUGCUUCUCACGCAACGACUCACUGAGCUCACUGGACUUUGACGAAGAGGAUGGCGUCGAGAAGGACGAAGAGAAGAAGAGCAAAGAAGAGGAAGUCAGGAAGAGGAAGCAGCAGACGGCAGCGGUUUUCCCCCGAACCAAGCCGCCGACCAAUCAGACGGCGACAGAUGAGAAGCAGAAGUUUGCCAUCGAGGACACGCCCGUCUGCUUCUCCAGAAACUCCUCCCUCAGCUCGCUAAGUGACAUUGAUCAAGAGAACAACAACAAAGAGUUCGCUCCGCCGCCACCGCCACCUGACCAGCAAGACGCUGCCGCCACCGCCGCCAAGUCUCCACCCCCUCCUCCGCCACAACCCGAAUCAAAGCCCCGCCCACCGGCCGCCACUGGCUACGCCCCUAAAGCCUUUCAUGUGGAGGACACGCCCGUCUGCUUCUCCAGGAACUCGUCGCUCAGCUCUCUGAGCAUCGACUCAGAAGACGAUCUUCUGCAGGAGUGUAUUAGUUCUGCGAUGCCAAAGAAGAAGAAGAAGGCCGCCGCCCACCCUGUGCCCGCCGCCACAACACUUCCUGCUCCUAAAGCAGAGGAGGGCAUCCUGGCAGAGGAGGAGCCGACGGAGGCCCCCAGGAGUCCCGCCUCCCCGGACUCAGAGUCCUUUGAUUGGAAGGCCAUUCAAGAAGGCGCUAACUCCAUUGUCAGCAGCCUCAACGCCGCCGCCGCCGCUGCCGCCUCCUCGCUGUCCCGCCAGCCGUCCUCAGACUCCGACUCGGUGCUGUCUCUGAAGUCCGUCGGAUCCCCGUUCCGCUUACCGCCGGCCACCAACAACAACGCAGAAGAGGAGGAAGAGGAGGGGGAGGAGGAGGUGGCGGUGAAGCGGGGCGCCAAGAUCCUGAAGCCGGGUGAGCGCAGCACGCUGGAGGCCAAGAAGAAGAAGGAGGAGGAGGAGGAGGAGGAGGCAGCCAAGGCCGUGAGGGGCGGCAAGAAGGUCUACCGCAGUCUGAUCACCGGCAAGCCCAGGGCGGAGCCUGCAGCCAGGGGGCGGAGCAAACCCAGAGCCGCCGCCAUGCCCAAAGCUCCAGGAAGUAGUGACAGCGCCGAGCGGGGAGGCGGGUCCUCCAGGGACUCCACCCCUUCUCGUUCCUCCACUCAGAAAGCCACAAAACUGUCCCAGCUUCCACGCACCGCCUCUCCAGGAAGCGCAUCAUCAUCAUCAUCAGCGCCCAGACUGAACAAACAGAGCACAGCAGGCCGGAGCGGCGGCAUCCCCCGCAGCGAGUCCGCCUCCCGCGUCAACAGCGCCGCAAACACCAAGAAACAGAAGGCGGAGUCUGAGAAACCUCCAGCACUCGUCCGUCAAUCAACCUUCAUCAAAGAGGCUCCAAGUCCGACGCUGAAGAGGAAGCUGGAGGAGUCGGCCGCCGCCGCCGCGCUGGAGUCCCCGACCAGCCCCGACACGCCGCUGCCGCCGUCCAACCGGAGACAGGACGUCAACCGCUCCCACUCUGAGAGCCCGUCACGCCCCCAGGAAGUGACAUCGUCACGGUUCAGCCGCACCGGCACGUGGAAACGAGAAAACAGCAGCGGAGGAGGAGGAGCUGGCAGCGGCGGCAGCAAACACUCGACGUCGUUACCGCGCGUUGGAACGUGGAAGCGGACAGGGAGUUCUUCGUCGGUUCUAUCGGCAUCGUCGGAGUCCAGCGAGAAGGGGCGGAGCGAGGAGGAGAGCGCUGUGAGGUCAAAGGGCACGUGGAGGAAGGCCAAGAGCGGCGGGGACUCAGCAGGUGGGCGGAGCUUCAGCGACAAGUCAGAGGACGUGUGGGUGCGUCUGGAGGACUGUCCCGUCAACAACCCGCGCUCCUCGUCCUCCUGCUCCGCCCGCUCGCCCACCGCCGCCAACGCCCCGCCCAUCAUUGACAGCCCCGCCCCCUCAAAGAUCCCCUCCUCCUCCUCCUCGUCCUCAAACCUCAAUUUGAGGCGGAGCUGCGAGAGCCUGGAUGACAAGCCGCCGCCCGUGGCCGAGCGGCCGCCGCAGCAGCGCGUUCCGCAGCGCAGCGGCGCCGUGGCGGCCAGGGUCAGCCCCUUCAACUACACGCCCAGCCCCAGGAAGAGCAGCGCCGACGUCACCGCCGCCGCCACCACAACCACCACCUCUUCGUCCUCCAGCACGCCAUCGCGGCCGUCACUCAUACCCACACCCGUCACCAAGAAACGGGAGCCUAAAGGCGGAGAGGGCGGAGCCGGCGGAGGAGGAGGUGGAGCAGGAGGCGGUGCCGGCGGUGGCGAACGAGGCUCCUACAUCGUGACGUCAGUAUGAAAACAGAACGUCUGACACAAAAUGGCCGCCACAAAUGAACAUUUGUAAAUAAAGAGGAACGACCACGAGUGUGACGUGUACAGGAAGUCCGUUUGUAUUUAAGUGCUAGCCCCGCCCCCUCAACUUCCUCCCUCCCCUGAUUGGCUCCUCUCACCUGUCAGUCAAGCUUAUUUAAUCAAUGAGAAAACUAAAACUGAACUUUUUAUGUUUUUAUACCACUAAAAAUAGACAUAUUUAGCGCUUAGCUCCGCCCCUCUGCUUGUGUCCCUGCAUGGCCCCCCCCCCACCCUAACAAUGACAGUUACCAUGACGACAUAAUGACGAUGAUGGUGAUGUUUCUGCUAGCUGUAGCCUCCGAGCGGAGUUUGGGUCUGAGAAGCCGAUGAAACCGAGUCUACAAACAGUUUUUUGUUGUUUUUUUUAAUUGGAUCUAAACCUUUUCUUCACAUCCAUGUUUUUCUUUGAAUAAAUUUUUUUCUGAUUUUUAAAACUUUUCAUCCCAUUUGAACCUUUUGUCUGAUUUAAAUGUUUCUCGUCAGUUUUUUUCCUGGACUCAAACGUGGUUCCGUCGGCUUCUCUCAUCCAUCCUCUUUUCUCACAAACUGCUUUUCAAUCAGGGAGGAAAGUUUUCUGUGCGACUGUAAAACACGCGGCUUUGGGCUGAAAACUUCCCGCUCUGUUGCCUUGGAAACAGAAAACACUGUAAAACGUAAGUUAUUGCUGUAAAACCUUAAACUUUUAACUUUGAAGCACAUAAUUUAAAGCAAAAAUGAUUUUUGCCAAAAAGUUUCCACAGUUUUGUUUCUGGCUGUAACUUUACACCUUUUUUUUUUUGUCAAGGCAAAAAAAAACUUUUUGGUGAAAUGU